AGUUAGGAUACUUAGGAUCCACUUCCGUUUUCAGGACUUUAUAGUUAGUUUUACUGUAAGUACUUAGUUAAGUAAGUAACUAGUUAAUAAGAAAUAAAGGCGGAAGGAAGCUCGCUAAAUUUAAUAAAAACUGAGGCACCCUAUAAAUGUCAAUUUCAUGUUACGACGAGCCGACACACACACAUUCACACUCAAAGUAAGUCGGUGCGCCGCCAUUACGUCGCGGACCUUGGCACACUAAACACGUAGUCGUUGUUUGAAAAGUAAUAAAAAUAUGCCGUCCUGCGUUGUUAAAUCCUGCAGGAAUCACAGUGGUAUUAAGAAAAAAUGUGAAGGGAUCACUUUUCACAGAUUUUCUAAACAAAAUGACAUAUGGAGAAAAACGUGGAUCGAUAUAAUAAGGGACGUUAGGGGUGAUAAUAAUUGGAAUCCUUCCAAAUCCAGCGUCAUUUGCAGUAUUCAUUUUGAUGCAAAUGAUUUAUACGCCACUAAAGAAGGAUCUCUUCGCGUUGUCACUUAUGCAGUGCCAAAAAAGUAUUUAUUUAACCCACCCAACAUACAAGAGCAUCGACCUGAUGAACCGAAAAUUUCCAGUGUUGUUAAAGAAGAGAGCCCAAACGUAAAAGAAGAACCACUGGCCUCAAAUUUGGAACAACCAUCGAUGUCAGAACAAUCUGGUGAUCCAAGGACGUCUUUGCCAAGCCCAAAAGUAAAAGAAGACCCACUAGCCUUAACUUUGGAACAGCCAUCGAUGUCAGAAGAAUCUGGUGAUCCAAGGACGUCUUUGCAUUUAUUGCCAAGCCCAAAAGUAAAAGAAGACCCACUAGCCUUAACUUUGGAACAGCCACCGAUGUCAGAAGAAACUGGUGAUCCAAGGACGUCUUUGCAUUUUUUGCCGAGCCCAAAAGUGAAAGAAGAAGCACUAACCUCAAAUUUGGAACAACCAUCGAUGUCAGAACAAUCUGGUUGUCCCAGCUUGCCGUUGCUGGUCUCACAAAGUUCAUCUAUGUCUGAAGCAGCCUUAUGUUUGGAGCAGCCAUUGAUUACUCCAAAUUCUCCAAUCACAUCUCUGCCACCAAUUUUAGCUACAUCAUCGGCACCCGACCAUCAAGAACUCGAUUUUAACCAACCCAUGUCAAUACUGUACACUCAUCGACGUAUGAAGUACGAUCUGAUGAAGAAGGCUACAUUGAUACAAAAACAAAAAAGGAAGAUAAAAGUUUUAAACCAGAAAGGGCACCGUUCUUGAUUUUUCCCGGAUACUUUCCCAGCUACGACGAUUACUCAAAUUUAGCCCUCGCAAUGAGAAUAGCAAAUUUUUUAAUUAUGAUGGUGAUAAUUCCAACGAUGAUUUUAACUGACACGCUAGCUAUCAGUCACCUUAUCAUACUUUCUUGCAAAUUCGAGAAUUUAAGAGGAUUUUUUAAAAGCCUGCGGAAAGAUUUCAUGUCUCAAGAGGUCUCCAUUUCUGAAUUGAAGCAGAAAUGUCUCGAUGGAGUGAUUAUGCACCAGAAAUUGAUAAGUAUAAAAGACAAGCUACACAACUGUUUUGGUGUGAUGAUUUCAAUAGAAGUGCUCCAGGGAUCGUUUGUGGUGGUGUUACUAUUAUUGAGAGUGGCGUUGUCGCCUCAAAUAACGGUCAAUCUGAUAAUGAUGAAUGGGGGCUUCAUGUUGACCAUCAUGACACAACUGGCCUGGUACAUGUGGAAUGCCGGAGAUAUUACACACCAAGCGUCGUUGAUAUCGGAUGCGAUAUUCCACUGCGGCUGGCACCUGCGCGGGGUGUCGGACGCGGGGCGCGGGGCGGCGG